UACGGAAUGGACACUCCUCCAACAUGGCGUACCCCACGGGGAAUCGCAACUCUGGCGCGGCCACGUUCCCCGCCUGACCACGCUGCCGAUGGGCACUGAAGGCCCCAGAACUUCGACUCCGUAACAUGGCGAUGUUGACUGUUGGUUGACUGCGGCUUCGAACGCGGUUUUGCGCCUGUGCAGAGCCACGCCCCUUCGUGUGUGAACCUCCCACCCAAACCCCGAGAAGGGGCGGUGCUAGGGGUGGUGACCGGAAGCGCCUGCAGUUUUCGGCCGCGGGUUAAUAGUUGUUGUGAAGAGGAUCCCGGUGCUCUGUGUCCGAGCGGUGUGAAGAGAAGGGAGAGAUUAAGUCUUCACUGUGAUAAGGAUUUUAUUCAUUUCUUCUUCCGCUGUCCAUGAUCCAGUUUGAAUUGUUUGGUAUGAAGUGGUGAGUCUUAGAUCGAGGUUUCUUGGAAUCUCUGCUUAGCCCUUGGGACAGACCCUGUGGUGAAGGCUGCAAGAUCUUCCAUUUCCAGCAUCAGCAGCUGUGGUUAAGUCCACAGGUGCCCACCUGACCUCGGGUUCCUGGAAAGGGCAGAGUUGUCAGCAAGAGAACCUGGGGGUAAAGCCCAGCAGGAAGAUGCCAGGCAAUCGGAGUGCUGCUGGGCCGUCCCUGACCCUGACUACAGGGGGACGUGACAACUCCUGUGAGGUGUCAGUGUCCUUUGAGGACGUGACUGUGGACUUCAGCAGAGAGGAGUGGCAGCAUCUGGACUCUGCACAGAGGCGCCUGUACCAGGAUGUGAUGUUGGAAAUCUACAGCCACCUCCUCUCACUGGGGUAUGAAGUUCCCAAACCAGAGGUCAUAUUCAAGUUGGAGCAAGGAGAGGAGCCUUGGGCACUGAAGGAAAAAACCCUACAUCACAGCUGCUCAGAUGGAAAGUUUGGGAUUAAAACCUUACAAAAAAGAAUUUCUGGAAAAGUUUCAUUUCAUGGUGAAAUGGAAGGUGAAGAUGCAAAAGAUGAUUCAUUGUAUUCCAUUUUAGAAGUACUAUGGCAAGAUGCUGAACAGAUAAAAAGCUACCAGGAAAAGCAGAACAAACCUCUGAGUCAUGCUGCUUUCACCAAUAAGAAAAUAUUGAAUACAGAGUGGGAUUAUGAAUAUAAAAACAGUGGAAAAUUUAUUCAUCCAGGCCCAAAUUGUAUUCCUUCACAGAAAAGACCCCAUAAAUGUAACUCAUUUGGGAAGAAUUUAAAGCAUAAUUUAGAUGUACAUAUUCAUAGUGAAAGCAAUGCAACAAAGAACUUUGAUAAAAUUAUUGGACACAGUCAAGUUUUCACCCAGAGCUCUUCUUAUACUAACCAUGAAAAUACACAUACUGGAGUGAAAUUCUGUGACAGCAAUCAGUGUGGAAAAGUCCUCGGCUUCAAACAAGCACUCCGUCACAAUCUGAAGUUUCCUGUUGGGGAGAAAGCAAAUAUGUGUACUGAACUUGGGAAGAUCUUCACCCAGAGGUCACAACUCUUUGCACCUCAGAGAAUUCAUACUAUGGAUAAACCUCAUGAACUUAGGAAAUGUGUAAAUGUUUUUACACAGAAGCCACUACUCAGUAUUUAUUUGAGAGUUCAUAGAGAUGAAAAGCUAUAUAUAUGUUCUGAGUGUGGAAAGGCAUUCAUCCAGAAUUCAGAAUUAAUUAUGCAUGAGAAAAUUCAUACUAGAGAAAAACCCUAUAAAUGUCAUGAAUGUGGAAAAUCAUUUUUCCAAGUGUCAUCUCUCCUAAGGCAUCAGACAACCCAUACUGGAGAAAAGCUUUAUGAAUGCAGUGAAUGUGGGAAAGGCUUCUCCCUGAACUCAGCCCUAAAUGUACAUCAGAAAAUUCAUACUGGAGAGAGACACCAUAAGUGCAGUGAGUGUGGGAAAGCCUUUACCCAAAAAUCAACACUCAGAAUGCAUCAGAGAAUUCACUCAGGAGAGAGAUCCUACAUAUGUACCGAAUGUGGUCAGGCCUUCAUCCAAAAGGCACACUUGAUUGCACAUCAAAGAAUUCAUACUGGAGAGAAGCCUUAUGAAUGCAAUGACUGUGGGAAAUCUUUCCCUUCUAAGUCACAACUCCAGAUGCAUAAGCGAAUUCACACAGGAGAGAAACCCUACAUAUGCACUGACUGUGGUAAGGCCUUUACCAACAGGUCAAAUCUGAAUACUCACCAGAAAUCUCACACUGGAGAGAAGUCUUAUAUAUGUGCUGAAUGUGGGAAAGCCUUCACGGAUAGGUCAAAUUUCAAUAAACACCAGACUAUUCAUACUAGAGAGAAACCCUUUGUUUGUGCUGAUUGUGGGAGGGCCUUUAUCCAGAAGUCAGAGUUACUUACACAUCAGAGAAUCCAUACUACAGAGAAGCCUUAUAAAUGUUCUGACUGUGACAAAUCCUUCUCAAAGAAACCACACCUCAAAGUACAUCAGCGAAUUCACACAGGAGAGAAACCGUAUAUAUGUGCAGAAUGUGGGAAAGCUUUCACAGACAGAUCAAAUUUCAAUAAACACCAGACAAUUCAUACUGGAGAUAAACCCUAUAAAUGUAGUGACUGUGGAAAAGGCUUCACUCAGAAAUCAGUUCUGAGUAUGCAUCGCAAUAUUCAUACAUGAAAGUAACCCUGUUUCUUGAAAAUGAGAAAGCCUUAUCACAGAAAUCAGGUCUAAGUGUGUAUUAUAAAAUUUAACCAAGACAGAUCAUAUAUUAAAUGCAUUGCAUAAUAAAAAGAAUUUGUCAGGCUCUUUCACCUGAGAUGAGAAAAAUUAUUCAGAAGAGACCCUCUAAGAAUGCAUUGAAUGACGAGGAAUUUCCAUAUUUGCACAGCCUCACAAAAUAUAAUUGAAUUCAUACUGGGGAAAAUGUUAUCAGUUUGAGAUAUUAGGAAAAGCCUUCCUGUAGAAAGUAUUAUAAGGCAAAUUAUUACCAAAUUCUUUAUAGAUUAUGAAAAAUUAUAUGAAUGACAGUAAUGUUUAUUGUGUUGUAUUAAGCAAUUUAAAGUGACAACAAAAUGAAAGGUAGGGCAACAAAAUAAUAUAUUUGAUGUGUAGACCUGCUCUCAGAUCUGUUCGUAGCAAAACACAUUGCACAAUGGGAGGAAUAAUUGAGUUGAAAUUCUUUUUUUUAUUUAAUGUAUUUGUGUCUAUCAAAUAUGUUUGCUACUGAAUAUUUUGCUCAUGUGAAUCCACAGUUUUAAAUUCAUUAAGGUUUUAUACAUACACUCGUCUGCUGAUAUAAUUUUACACAAACACAUAAAUAUAAUCAUGUCAUAUAUGUUGAUUUCCAUGACAUCAUAUUUCUAUCUUCCUUCAUUGUGGUACAAUGCAAAAAUAACCACAGCUCUCUCCCAUCCUUUUAUGCACCCCUGUUUGUAAUAUUACCGUUGCUUCUCUUGUUAAGAGGCAGAGCUCUCUCUCUACUCCUUGACUCUGAGUUUGGCCAUGUGAAUUGCUUGGGCCAAUAUACAUUAACAAAGAGAUUCAAGAAGAUGCUGGAGAGGUGUGAAAAGCCUGCCUUGAGACUUACCCUUUCUUGCCGCUCUUUGGAAUUUUGAGACCUUCAUGUGAAGAAGCUCAGAUUACUAAGGGAUGCGAAACCACGUGGAACAGAGAUGAACCAACCCAGAUGAAGCCCCUUAGACCAAAUGCCAGAUGUGGGAGUAAGGCCUUCUUCAGUCUCCAGCCCCAGCCAUGCCAGGCCACACCAGAAGAGCCACACUAGUCAUCCCAACCAACCUGGAGAAUUAUGAGAUAAAAUGAUUAUUGUUUUAAGCUACUAAGUUUGGUGUAGUCUGUUACACAGCAAAUGCUGAGUAAUACAUAAAAGUGUACACCUACUGGGGGUGUUGUAUCAAAAUAUAAAACAUGUGGCAUCAGCUUUGGGCCUGGGCAGCAGGUGGAGACUGGAAAAGCAAUGAGGAAAACUGUUAAGAAAGUCUGCAGAAGAUGGCAGUCCAUGUUGUCUAAUGAGGGAAAAGAUAACAAAACAGCUACCAUACUCUGUGGAAAGAUAGAGAAUAUACCAAAUGAACUUGUGGAUCGGGCUAAAGAGAUUUCCAACAGAAUGUUGAAGUAUCUGUUUGCUUCUUUUAGCUGCAUAUGAUAAAAUGCAGAAAGAAAAAUAUGAACUAAGUUAAUAACUGUUCCAUUUGCAAUCAGAGUUCAGAAGAAACACCCAAAAAAAACAGGACUUGGCUGAGUUGGAAAAUAACUGCCUCACAUCUCCAGUCUCUCCAGCCAUCAAAAUAUUCUCAAGGUGAAAAAGUGACCUCCAGAGUAGAGAUCAAAUCAUAGAUGUGGCUCUAAAACCCUUUGAUAAAAUGUGUAAAAUAUUUUAAGUUGGUGUUUGGGAGACCCUGUCAGCUAAGCUAAACAUCUCCUAAAAACUUGUCAACAGUGUCCCAAUAGCCUGACUCACUGUUCAAAGUAGAGAGGGGCCCAUGUUAAAAAAAAUUGUUGAUGUUGCGUUUGGGACAUAUAGUAAAUACAAACCAGAUUCAUAGAAAACUUGCAACAUUUUUAACAGAGUUUUACUAACAAAACUACCUCCAGGUUGGACUUAAAAAGACUGAAAAAGUCCAAAGUGAAAAAUGGACUCCCCUCUCUUAACUUCUGUGAACAGGAAGCAAGCUGUGAAAGUUACUCAGCUGCAAACAUGGGCCAUUUCUUAUGGGAAAAGAAGGCCGUCUCAGAGAGAAGAUCCAAGAACAGUGUACUAAAAUGGACUGGGAAGCCAUUCCCAGGCAGAACUAUGACUUCAACAAGAAACAUUUUUUGCCCCUGGAGCAGAGAGACCUGACAGUAUUUGCUCUGUGGGAUUUCAGAAUUAUUAUUGAACAGUGAUUGAUAUAUGCCUCUUUUUCCUUCCCUUUUUGAAUGGAAGUAUCUGUUACAGUUAUCCUGUCCCUAUCUCACUAUUGUAUUUAUAUUUAUGUGUAUGCAUGUGUGUGAGUAUGUGUGUGUUGGGUUUGGGAGGUGGUCAUAUAACUUGUCAUUUAGUUCACAGGUCUCUGGAUUAAAAAAACUGAGAAUCUGCACCCAAGGAACCUCAACCAUAUCUGAAUCUGAUAUAGAAGUCUUAGAGGUCUUGGAAUGGGGGUGAAUAUAUUUUGCCUGGUGUGAUAAUGUAAAUAAUUUAUUAUCGGAAGAGAGACUGUGAUAGAAAAUACUACAAUUUUCCAUCCCUAUAUGUAUGCCUAUUUUCAGUCAUUAUUUUGCUUUGUGUUUCAGUUGGGAUAAUUUCUAUUAACCUAUCUUCAAGGUCACUGAUUUUAACCUCUACCCUGGCUCUGUUAGAUCUACUGAUGAACCUAUUGAAGGCAGUCUUUAUCUCAGUUAUGUUUUCUUUUUAUUUCUAGAUUGUCCAUUUGAAUUUGAAAGAGUUUUCAUCUCUGCUGAAAUUCCCCACAUGUUCAUACCUGUUGUUUACAUUUUCCACUACCCUCUUUAACAUACUAAUCAUUGUUAUUUUAAACUCCUUGUUUGACAGUUUCAGCAACUAGAUCAACUAAACCUGGAUCUGUUGAUUGCUUUGUCUCUUGACAGUGGAUUGUUUAUUCUUGCUGUUUUGCAUGUAAUAUUUGGCUGAAUGCCAGAUGUUAUAUGUAGGAUAGUAGAAACUGAGGUGAAUAUUUAAUUCCUGGGAGUAGACAUGUUACUUUCCUUAUAGGUCAUUGGCAUAGGGGAAUUGAGGCCAGCUAGUCAGGAUUUGUUCUGGUGUUCAGGUGUUGUUAUUGCUCUCUUUACCUGCAAUGUAUCAAUGACUUCAAACUUCUCUAGUGUUACCUAGUGCUUCCAGUAGGCACUGAUUUUCCAGAUAAUUUAUCUCAGUAUUACUGCACCACCCUUGCCUUUAGGCCUUUCUUAAUGUGCUUACACGUGGAGAGUCUCUCUCUCUACCUCUUGCCUCUCCCUUAGUAGCAGACUUUUAUUAUUACCUGGGUCUUGGUGACCUGAUAAGUGGGAGGGCAGGAGUUGUCUGGGGCCAGCCUCCGUCUUAGACAGGCCCUAUAUCCCUAGAUCUUGGAAGGUGAAGCUUUUUCAGUGAUCCUGCCCUUCCCAUUAGUAUUAAUAGAAGGCUUUAAAUGGUCUGAACCUAGGGAGGUUUCCUGCCCUUUCCUUUUCCUUUCCUCUAGCUACAGUAGAUCUUUAACUAUGUCUUGGGGGCAACAAGGUUUGCUGCACUUCACCCAGUGGCUUAAGGUUUUUAUUCUGUGAGGGAGUAGGGUCCCAUCAGGGCUUUGGCCAUUUCUGUAUCAGCAGCUGUGCCCCUAAAGGCCUACACCACUGAGAGAGGCUUUCUCCAGUCUCCCACCCUACCGCUAAUGUUUCUUAUGAGCAACCAGUGGAGGUCUAUGGAGAAGAACCUGCAAGUGGGGGCCUAUGUCCCCAGCUCUCAGAGCUCUGAUAUCCUCACACUAUCCCACACUCAACUUUUAGAACUGUAUUUAAGAUUCUUGCUGAAUUCUUACUUCUGGUGUGGUGGACCCAUCUUCUUUCCUGCUCUGCCACAGAUAACCCAGUGAUAACUUCCUGCCUUCUCUGAGGCAUUUGUCUUAUAUAUCAAACUAAUUUGUUCCCCUAUGACAUUAGCUCCCUGAUGAAUUCAAGGAAAGUUAUGAUUUUGUAGAUUACCAGGAUUUUUUCUAAUUGUAAGAAUGGGAGCUAAGCUCUUUCCAAGUGUCUGCAUUCUAGCCAGAAUCCAGAUGUCUGGAUGGUCUCCUUUGGCCGCUACUAUCAGAAUAUAUGCCCCCUUUCCACAUGACUUUACCACUUUACCCAAGAGGUAGAGUCCAUUUCUCCAGCCCUUGAAACUGGAUUUGGUCAUUUCUUUGGUCAACGGGAUAUUAACAAAUAUGACACUAGCAGAGGCUUGAGAAGUACUUGCACAUUGAGGUUUGCCCACUAUUGCUGCUCUUUGAAAUCCUGAGCCCAAGUGUGGAAAAGCCUGAGUUAUGCUAUGAGAGACCUUAUGGAGCAGCAGUGGAGCAGAGAUGCGCCAUCCCAAUUGAAGUACCCUAAACCGGCUAGAUUUCACCUGCAAGAUAUGUGAAUGAAGCCAUUCUAUCCAUGUAACCAUGGUCAAGCCAUCUGUGGUCAGCAGCCUCUGGGACGACCUUGUAUCAUGAUCCCCACCUCCUGGUAUCUACACCUUUGUAUAAUUCUGUUCCGAUGAGUUUGCACCAGGUUAAUGACUUGGUUCUAGUGAAUAGAAUGAGGCAGAGGUAAUGGGAUGUCACUUCCAAGAUUAGGUUACAGAAAGACUGGGGCUUCCAUUUUGGAUGCUCUCACUCUCAGUUGGUUCACCUUAGGGGAAGCAUGAGGCAGCUCUAUGGAAAGACCCAUGUGAGUGAGUUUGGGAGCAUAUUCUCCCAAUCUGGUCUUCAAAUAUGACCAUAGCUUUAGCUGACACUUUGACUGCAACUUCAUGAAAGACCUUCAGCCAAAGGCACACUUCUGAGCCUUGCCUGAAUUCCUGACCCACAGAAACCACAAGAGAGUAAAUGUUUUAAGCUGCUGAAUUUUAGGGCAAUCUGUUUUUAGACUAGAAAAGGUCUGCCAUCGACCCCACUGAUCCCAGACAACUCACAGAAUCAUUGAUUAAAAUGUUUAUUGUUUUAAGCCACUAAGUUUUGGGAGGCUUGUUACCCAGAAAAAGCUACCUAAUACAUUUAUUAUUUACUGACUUUCCUCCACUAUUUAUCCAGAACAGAUAACUAAUACUAAUUAACUACUAUGAACGCUUUCAUGUUUUAAUCUGUGCUCAUAUAAAUUAUGUAUAGAUAAACAUAUGUUACAUGCUUAUAAUCAGAAGCUAUAUAAGGAUUGUUUUCUUCUUUGACUUUCGAAUAUGGGAUCAUGUCACACAAUUAUCUCUGCUUGCUUUAUUACUGAAUAAUAACUUUUUUGAAUAAUUGCAUCAUAGUUUGCAGGGUGGAUAUGCAAUAACUUAUUCAACUAUUUGCAUAUUAAGAUUUAUUUAUACACCCCUUUUUCAACUUAACAAUGCUGUUCAAAAUAUUAAGAGGCAGUUUUCAUAAUGGCUGUGUAGAUAGGCUCAGGAACCAAUGGCUAGGGUUUCAAUCCUGACUCUACCAGUUACUAGCUCUGUGACCUUAAGCAAGUUAGUAAUCUCUCUGUACUGAUUUAUUCAGCUGUAAAGGAUAUUCACAGUAGUACAUAUCUCAUAGUUUCAACGUGAGAUGAGUAUAAACUUCCUAGGGCUAUUAUAAUAUAGUUCCACAAACUGAGUGGCUUCAACAGAAAUGUAUUGUGAGGCCAGAAGUCUGAAAUCAAGGUGUCAGCAGGGCCACACUUCCUCUGAAGGCACUAGAGAAGGAAUUGUUUCCUGCUUCUCUCCUAGCUUCUGAUAGUCUCAAGUAUUCUUUGACUUGUGGAUGCAUCACUCCAGGCACACAGCCAUUUUCUUCCUGAGUGUCUCCACGUCGUGUUCCCUCUGCAUGUCUGUCUCUGUGUCUAACUUUCCCUUUUUUAUAAGAACACAGUCAUACUGGAUUAGGCCCACACUAAUGACCUCAUUUUAACUUGAUUACUUCUGUAAAGACUCUAUUAUCAAGUGAGUUCACAUUCUGAGGUACUGGCAGUUAGGACUUCAACAUAUAUUUGCUGCUGCUACUGCUAAGUCACUUCAGUUGUGUCCAACUCUUUGCGUACCCUAUGGACUGUAGCCCACCAGGCUCCUCUGUCUACAGGAUUCUCCAGACAAAAAUACUGGAGUGGGUUGCCAUUUCCUCCUCCAGGGGAUCAUCCCGACCCAGGGAUCGAACCUGCUUCUUCUGCAUUGCAGGUGGAAUCUACUGCUGAGCCACUGGGGAAGCCCCUCAACAUAUCUUUGGGGGUACACAAUUACUCAAUAAAUUAAUGCAUUUUUCUAUAUAAAGCGUGGGGAGUUCUUGAUGAAUACUAGAUAGACACCACUUCCUGAGUCUGCCAAGGUCCCCCUACCAUUCUCUAUGAUUGGGCAGGAUUUGAGGGCUUUAUCUGUGGUGUCUUAGUCUCCAACUACCUAAAGAAAAUGUUUAGAGGGACAGGAAAAGCAGGCCAAGAACCAAGGCUUGUUACCACAGUUUGAGGGCCAGGCCAAGAAAGAUUCAUGUAUAGAGGAUAAUGGGAAGGAGCAGCCAGAGAGAAGAAAACAUACCAGAUGAGAGAGUGACUCAUAGACAACAGAGUGUUUCCAAGAAAGGUUUCAGUGGAGGAACUUUCCAGACUAAAGGUCAAUUCACAUGAGGAUGGAAAACUGGUUCUUGGAUUUUGUGACAAGGAGGUCAUUAUUACCUGUGGUGUUAUUUAGAAGUGAAUUUAAGGAAAACAACUGAGCAAAUUUGAAGGGAUUUCUGAAUUCAGGUGGUACUUGACCACAGAAUUUUUCCAGUAGAAAAAAAUAUUAGGCUAUUGGGCUGCAUUACUCUAUUGUUGUCUAGGUUAUACUUAGAAAUGUGUUUUCAAGAGUCCUUUGUGAUUCCAAGUUAGAGUCAGCCAAAAGUAGAAAUUGCAUGAGAUUUGGGAGGUCAAAAUGAAGGAGCAACCAUUACUCCAAAAGUUUGAGAUUAGAUUCAGAGAAGGACAAAUGCAGAGAUACCUAGGUCUUAACAUUUCUUCACUCUCUUCCACUCUGUAUUCAGCCGUUUCUAUCUCCCAGCCAGGGCUUCUCUGGUAGCUCAGCUGGUAAAGAAUCUGCCUGUAAUGCAGAAGACGCCAGGUUCAAUCCCUGGGUUGGGAAGAUUCCCUGGAGAAGGGAAUGGCUACCCACUCCAGUAUUCUGGCCUGGAGAACUUCAUGGACCAGUAUAGUCCAUGGUCUGGCAAAAAGUCAGACAAGACUGAGCAACAUUCACUUGUCUCCCAGCCCUGCUGACCUACAGUGGCCUUCGGCCUGCCAGUCAAUGCCUGGCUGCAGCCCACAAAGGCAACAGCUCUUCAUAGACUUCUUCAUCAGCUCCCCUUUCACAGUCUUACUUAAGCAGCUGAAUGUGCCUGGCUUCUCAGAUUUUCUUGCAAGCACUGACUUAUCCACCCAUGCCAGUGUUUCAAAAACACUGGUUUAGUGACUGCUCUAAUCUUCCAGCUUCCCCUUCCAUACCUUUACUUCCCCAGCUACUCCCACAAUUGUGCAUGAUCUAAUUCAUAUUUUAAAAUUCCUUAUUUCAUUAUACUCAUAAUUAAUCCACUUCCCCAAAUGAACCCUGAUUGUUAAUGUUACACUUUUUUUUCCUGAGAACUUGGUAAGCAUCACUCUUCUAAAAUUGAGUGGUGCCAUUGAGAAGUCUUAGAUUAACCUGCUAUUUUUCUUGUAUGUUUCUGCCAUGUGAUUCUUUUUUUAUGCUUGAAGUUAAGGAUCUUUAGAAGUGUGUGCCUUAGUCUUGAUUUUUGUAAACUGAUUUUGACUGGGUUAUAGUCAGCUGUUCCAAUCAUGAUUCAUGCCUUUUAUUUCAGGGAAUUGUUUUGCUUAACUUUUUAAUCUGGUCUGUCUUUUCUUCAUGGACAUCAGUUAUGCAUAUGUAAUGUGUCUUUGUCAUCUUCAUCCAUUUCAUACUGCUCUACAUUCAUUUCAUAUCAUUGUUAUUUUUGGUUGUUUAUGGUUGGCUCUUCUCCAUGAAUCUCAUGUUUCUUAAUGUCUAGGCAUUAAUAGCCAGUGUGCUCAGAUUUAUUUACAUUUCAGGACAAUGAAGAUAGACGAUGUCUCCCUCCCUGGAGACAGUCACAGAGAUUUACUCACAUUCUAGGGUAAUAAAGAUCAUGGCUCUCUUCCUAAGAGGAUGGGCAAUAAAUCAAUAUAACAAUAUUGUGUUUUCCCUACAUUUUAAUUAUGUCAGUUUUCAAUCAUGUACAAACAUCAAAAGAACAGUACAAUUAACACAUAACUUUCAUCUAGAUUCAACAGUGUAUACAUAAAUUUUUUCCUGAGUAACUGAUGGCAAAUUACAGACAUUACAACAUUAUACUCAAAUAAUUGAGCAUCCAUAUCCUAAAAAUAAGGACAUUCACCCCCAUACAUAGAUUAUCAUUAUCAAUCUAGUUCUCAUAUGAUAUCAAAUAUGAUAUUGCAUAUCCAGUCCAUUUUCAAAUUUCUCUCACUGUCUCCAAAAUAUAUUUUACAACUUUAUUGAGGUAUAAUAACAUAUAGUAAAUGGAAAAGUGUACAAUUUGGUGAGUUUUGGCGUAUGUAUGUACCAUUAAAACCAUCACUACAAUAAAAACGAUGAAUAUAUCCAUUACCCCUAACAAUUUCCUUAUGACCCUUUGACACCCAUCUCUCCCUCCCUACACCCCCCCCCCAUCCACAGGCAACCACUGAUCUGUUUUUCAUUACAAAUUAGUUUGAAUUUUCUACAGUUUUAUAUAUAUGGAAUCAUAUUGUAGGUAUCCUUGUUUUGUUUGGCUUCUUUCAGCAUAAUUAUUUUGUGAUUCAUUUUUGUUGUUACAUGUGUCUGUAUUAAUUACUUUUUACUGCUAAGUGGUAUUUCAUUGUAUAGAUAUACCAAAUUUGUUUAUCCAUUCAUGUGUUGAUAGAAAUCCAUGGUGUUUCUAGUUUUUGGCUGUUACAAAUAAAAGUGAUACGAACAUUUGAAUGCAAGUCUUUGUGUGGACAUAGCUUUCAUUUCUCUUGUGUGAAUACCUGGGAAUGAAUAGUUUUGUUAUAUUUUGAGUGUGUAUUUAGCUAUUUAAGAAAUUACUAAACUAUUUUCCAAGGUGGCAAACCAUUUUACAUUCCCACCAGCAGUAUGUAAGUGUUCAAUUUGCUUCAUAUCUUUGCCCUCACUAGGUAUAAUUAUUCCUUUUAAAUUUUAGCCAUUUUUGUGAGAAUGAUAUGGUAUCUCACUGUGGUUUCAACUUACAUUUUCCUAUAAUGCUAUGGAGCUUCUUGUGCUUAUUUACAAUCUAUAUCAUCUUGGUUGAUGUAUCUUUUAUUUUGCCCAAUUGUAAGAGCUCUUUAUAUAUCCUAGAUGUAAGUCCUUUGUUGGAUAUAUAUUUUGCAAAUAUUUGCUCCCAAGUUUGCCUUUUUAUUUGAAUAACAGAAGAGUAAAAGUUUUUAGUUUUAGUUAAGUCCAAUGUAUUUAUACUUUCUUUCAUAGUCCAUGCUUUUUGAGUCAUUGUUAAGAAAUUUUUGCAAAUUUCUAAGUCACUAAGAUUUUAUCCUUUGCUUUCUUCUAGACAUUUUAUAAUAUUGGUUCUUACAUGUAGUUCUAUCCAUUUUGAUUUAAUUUUGUAUAUGGUCUUAAGAAAGGAUUUAGGUUCAUUUUGUUUUGCAUAUGGCUGUCCAGUUGUUCCAGAACCAUUUGUUUAAAAAAAAGUCAUCCUCCCACCAUUGAAUUACCUUGUCAUUUGUGUUAAAAUCAAUUGAUUGCUUGUAUUUCUGGAAAUACUUCAAUUCUUAUUUAUUUGGCUGCACCGGGUCUUAGUUGUGGCAUGCAGAAUCUUUAGUUGUGGCAUCCAAACUCUUAGUUGUGGCAAGUGUGAGCUAGUUCUCUGACUGUGGAUCAAACCCAGUACCCUUGCAUUGGGAGUGUGGAGUCUGAGCCACUGGAUCACCAGGGAAGUCCCUCUGGAAGUACUUCAGUUCUGUGUUUCUGUUUGUCUGUCUUACUGCCAGUACCACUAUUGGCAUUGUAACUUCUGUAUUACCAUAACAUCACUGAUUACUGUAGCUUUAUAAUAAGUCUUGAAGUCAAAUAGUAUAAGUUCUUCAACUUUACUCUUUUCCACAAUUGUUUAGGCAUAUGUGAGUCUUUUAUAUUUCCAAAUGAAUUUUGGAAUCAGCUUGUCAGUUACUAUAAAAAGCCUGAUUGGGUUUUGAUUGGGAUUGAAUCAAAUCUAUGGAUCUAUUUGGAAAUAGUUGACAUUUUAAUAAUACUGAGUGUUCAGAUCCAUGAACAGGAUAUAUCUUUCCAUUUAUUUAGGUCUUCUUUCAUUUCUCUCAGAAGUGUUUUCUAGUUUUUAGUAUGCAAAUUUUACACAUUUUGUCAAAUUUCAUAAGUAUUUCAUAUGUCUAUAUUAUUUUAAAUGAUAUUAGUUAUUUUAAAGUUUCCAAUAGUUAUUUGCUAGGAUAGAGAAAUGCAACUGACUUUUGCAUGUUGAUCUUGUAUCCUAUAACCUUGCAAAGCUCAUUUAUAAGUUCUAGUAGCUAUUUUUGAUCCUGUAAGCAUUUAUACAUAGACAAUCAUGUCAUCUGUAAGAAAUGGUAGUUUUGCUUCUUUCUUUCCAUUUUAUUUAUUUCUUGUCUUAUUGUACUUGCUAGAACCUGCAGUACAAUGUUGAAUAGAAGUGACUAGAGUGGAAAUAUUUGCCUUUGUCUUGAUCUUAAUAAGAAAACAGUUUCAAUCCCUGGGUUGGGAAGAUCCCUUGGAGUAGGAAAUGGCAACCCACUCCAGUAUUCUCGCCUGUAAUAUUCUGUGGACAGAGGAGCCUGGCAGGUAAGAGGAGCCUGGCGGGCUACAGUCCAUGGGACUGCAAAGAGUCAGACAAAACUGAUCACACACCCUGAUGGCCUAUGUGGGAUCUCUCACCUCACCUCAAUACAUAAUGUAGUAUUGGAUUAUAAUACACUUUGCUAUUCCCAUCUAUUGUUAUGAUUUAUAAUCCAAUUCCAUUGUGAUCAGAGAAAAUACUUUACCAUUAUAUAUACAUAGCCCUGCAUCCAUGUCCCCAUCCCUUCACAUACUCUACGCAUCACUCCUGCCUUGUAUUCCACCUGUGCCUCCCUCGUCUCCACCAUCAUUUGAAAUCCACUGAGCCCCUCUCCUGCACAAGGUAUGCUCCCUAUGGGCUCCAUACACAGCCCUCACAGUGUCCACUGGUCCGUUUCUUUUCCUCCUCUCCCUGCUUGCAUGCUAGAGUUCUCCACAAUCCCAUCUAAUUCUGUAAAACACGGCCCUUCCCAUCUCUCCAUCGGUCAAUCUGGUUCCACUCAGUCUCGCCCUGGAAGGGCGAUAAGGGCGGUGCUCAGGUACACUGAGGUUAUGGGAGUCUCAGUGGCUAAUCCAUUCUUGGGACUAAAAAUGCUAAAUUUGGGCUCUCUGCUCAGGUUGAACUAACUAAACAAGAUAUAUAUUCACUCUUCAUUCACACAACAGUUAAGCGUGAGUUACCUCCAAAAUCUCUGUGGUGUGCGGGCCUUGUGGGGUGGUCUAUGCGGUGGACGGGGUACGAGAGACAUAAUCAGUGAUGCUACAGUAAUACAGAAGUUGCAGCAAUGCCAGUAGUGGUACUGGCAGUAAGACAGAAAAAUAGAAUUGAAGUACUUCCAGAGGGACAUCUAUGUGGAGGGCAGGGUGUUUGUAGAGGUUUCCCACAUGCCCCGCCCACUACGGCUUCUUUUGGCCCGUUAUAGGUGAAAAGGGUGGGUCCAGAACACAACCUAAACUUGGGCUUCCUUUUGUGUGUGUCUUUCGAAGCGACGGCUAUUUGCAGUUGUUGGCUUGCUGGCGGCGGGUCACCUCCCUUUUAGAAGUUCAAGCUUUGGACAGACCAAACGUUUGUUGUUCGUGUAAACUUGAGCACUUUGUCCUUAUCCUCACCAUUUCUCAGCUUCUUCAUUUAUGACAUAGGGAUGAAGACGGUAGCUACAUCAUGACUGGUGCAGAGCAUUUGGAGCUAGGCUCUGAGCAUACUAGAGGGGUGUGAUGGGUUUUCUAGGGCAUCCUGAUUAGUUAGGGAUAGAAAUAUGCUGAGCCACCAGGAAAGGGGGCCUCCCUGGUGGUGCUAGUGGUAAAGAACCAGCCUGCCAAUGCAGGAGAUGUAAGAGA